GCAAGUUGUGUCCUGGGAACCUCCAAACCUAAGGAAAACCAACAGAAGCCUCCAGGGCAGAAACUGAUCUCCAUCCUACUGUGGCUCUGAGUCAUGGCACAGUGGUAACACCCAGUGGGAUAAUUCCUCUGUGACUGUCCCUUACAUUCCUUCUUUGGUACCAGCCUGGAAAUCUGCUUUCAGAGCUACUCGGCUACAUUCAGCAUGAGUCUUCAUCUCCAGCUUCUUUGCCUUGUGGCUGCCACCUUCAUCUACGAGGUUGCCAUUGCAGAAGCCUUUGGGCUCGUGGCUUACAACGACAGCUCCGAAUGCGUUGUGUAUAAAGCCCUGCCCGCGUGCUUUGGGCCGCAGCUGCCAGCAGAAGGGCUGGUGGGACAUUUGGUAAGGGCAGUACCACCCAACGCCUGCCAUACGAAGCUGAAUCCCCCAGCACCAAGGAAGGUCUCUGAGAAAUACAUUGUGCUCAUCCAGGGGUGUGAUUGCCCUUAUGCUGAGAAGGUCCUUCGUGCCCAGCAGGCCGGGUACCAGGCUGCAGUGGUGUACAACGUGGAUUCAGAGGAGCUGAUAUCCAUGAUGUCCGAUGACAAAGAAAUCCAGCAGCAGAUUGAAAUACCAUCACUCUUCACUGGAGAAUCUGUCUCCCUUCACUUGCAAAAGACUUUGCAAUGUGAGAAAGCGGUGUACGUCAGACUUAUACCGCCCAAAUACAAUCUAUGUCUGCACCAAAGCGGUGAGAAAAUGCUGCAGAGCGCUCGCAUCUUGUCGAAGUUUAGAGACAUGCUCUACAUCAUUAUUGCCAUGAUCUCAGCUAUGGUUGGCAUAAAUUGGUGGAGGAAUGCUCACAAGAUCAAGCUCUACACAUACAGGCAGGGUGACAAAUAUGAGAUCUGCGUGAUCUGCAUGUCUGAGUACAAGGAAGGGGAUCUCCUGAAGAUCCUGCCCUGUUCCCACACCUACCACCACCUCUGCAUUGACACCUGGUUUGACACCCAGAGCAGGAAGAAGACCUGUCCCUUCUGCAAGCAGCAGGUGAACCUCUGCAGGCAAGCAGACCUGCUGCGGCAGAGGAGUGAGGAUGGGGCUGAAGAGGAGAUUGAGGAGGAGCAGGGUCAUGAUGAUGACACAUUCAGAGAUUAUUAUGAAGAUGAGUGUGUAGAAGAGGAGGGAGAUAAUGAAAGCAUAAAUGGAAUGAGAAGGUUUUGAUUCCCUGUAUGACAUCACCACCUGAGCUGUGAGUGGGAUAAGUUAUCAUUAAACCAAGCAAAGCUUUUCCUGUGCUUUCCCUAA